GACCCAGCGGCCAUAGCGGCGCUGCCGGGUACACCUGUGCCUAGGGCGGCGGACUUUCCCGCUGGCUCCUCUCGCCCUGAGGUCGGCGGCAGGGUUCAUUUGUGCUUUAUGUCCUUCUAUCAAAAUAUGUAAGCCAGGUUUAGAAGACGAUGGUGAGAUUCCAUAGAUUAACCAAAGCCUUGGAAAGCGUACGCCCUUAAUGCAGUGGCAACUACUGAAACCUCAACCACAAUGAGGCUGCUACGGAGAAACUACGGCCCACUGAAGCUGGCUUUGGUGGGUGUUGUCUUUGUCAUCUUUCUCUUCAUCAUGCAAAGAGAUGUGGGCAAUGGGGAUCAAAAGGAGGAACCUUGGCUAAAAAACAUUGUUGACAGGAAAGACCAAAUGAUUGACAUGAUGAUGGGAGCGGUCAACAACAUCCGUGAUUCGAUGCCAAAGCUGCAGAUCCGGGCUCCGGUUCAGCAAGAGGCACCUGUGCAAGACAGCAAUUCCUGCCUGCCAGGAUAUUACACACCUGCAGAACUGAAACCUUUCAUGGAACGUCCACCGCAGGACCCUAAUAGCCCAGGGGCUGAUGGGAAACCUUUCAAGAAGGACCAAUGGACAGAAAAAGAAACAAAGGAGAAGGAGCGUGGCUAUGAGAAGCACUGCUUCAAUGCCUAUGCCAGUGACCGGAUCUCUCUCCAAAGAGCCCUGGGACCAGACAGCAGACCUCCAGAGUGUAUUGAACAAAAGUUCAAACGCUGUCCACCCCUCCCAACCACCAGCGUGAUCAUCGUUUUCCAUAAUGAGGCUUGGUCAACUUUGCUGCGCACUGUGUUCAGUGUGCUGUAUUCCUCCCCAGCUAUAUUGCUAAAGGAAAUCAUUCUUGUGGAUGAUGCCAGUACAGAUGAUUACUUGAAAGACGAGUUGGACAACUAUGUGAAGCAGCUGCAGAUCGUGCGGGUCGUCCGGCAGCAAGAAAGGAAAGGUUUAAUAACUGCCCGGUUGCUGGGUGCCAGCGUUGCUACGGGAGACGUGCUCACCUUCCUAGAUGCUCAUUGCGAAUGUUUCCAUGGCUGGUUAGAGCCUCUCUUAUCACGUAUCGCGGAGGAGCCCACUGCUGUGGUUAGUCCAGAUAUCACCACCAUUGACCUGAACACCUUUGAAUUUUCCAAACCGAUUCAGUAUGGGAAGCAGCACAGCCGGGGUAAUUUUGACUGGAGCCUGACCUUUGGAUGGGAGGCCAUCCCUCAGCAUGAGAAGCAGAGGAGGAAAGAUGAGACUUACCCUAUCAAGACUCCCACCUUUGCGGGUGGCCUCUUUGCCAUUUCCAAGUCCUAUUUUGAACACAUCGGCUCCUAUGAUGAUCAGAUGGAGAUCUGGGGAGGGGAGAAUGUGGAGAUGUCCUUUCGGGUUUGGCAGUGUGGGGGUCAGCUGGAGAUCAUCCCCUGCUCAGUGGUGGGCCAUGUCUUCCGUUCCAAGAGUCCCCAUACCUUCCCCAAAGGAACCCAAGUGAUCUCUAGGAACCAGGUCCGCCUGGCCGAAGUCUGGAUGGAUGACUACAAGGAAAUCUUCUACAGGAGGAACCAGCAGGCCUCUCAGAUGGCUAGAGAGAAAACAUACGGAGACCUGGUAGAGCGACUCCUGUUGAAGGAGCGGCUGCACUGCAAGAACUUCACCUGGUAUCUACAAACUGUCUAUCCUGAGAUCUUCAUCCCAGACCUUACUCCAGCCUUCUAUGGAGCUAUUAGAAAUGAGGGUGCCAAACGCUGCCUGGACGUUGGAGAGAACAACCACGGAGGGAAACCGCUGAUCAUGUAUCCCUGCCAUGGCAUGGGAGGCAACCAGUACUUUGAGUACACCUCCCAGCGAGACCUGAGGCAUAACAUUGGCAAGCAGCUCUGCCUCCGAUCCAAGACAGGGCCUGUGGAAUUGGGAGACUGUUACUAUACAGGGAAGCAUUCCCGUGUGCCGGAAAAUGAAGAAUGGGAACUGACUAAGGAUCACCUGAUUAAGAACAUCGCUUCUAACAAGUGCCUGUCAGCAAGAGGCGAGCAUCCCUCCAUGGCACUCUGCAACACUGCAGACCCUUACCAACUCUGGUACUUCAGCUAAUAUCUGGCAGACAUCAAAGCAGCACAAGCAAAGUCUGGUGCCAGGGACUUCCUGUGGGGAGCUUCCAUUUUCUUACCCCACUCUUCAAAAAAACAGAGGACCAGUUCAAGACGAGGGGGGAAAGGACCCAUUCAGAUAUGCUGCAUGACCACACUUUUGCCUGAAACACUCUUGUGCCUUGAUGGGAUUGAUUAUUCAGACAGACACAGAGAAUCUUGAUGUACCUAUAUAUUUUUUUAGUAAGAGUUGUAAGCUGCUAUGUUUGCUCGUUAGAGUGCUCUACAUUUUGUUAAUUGAAGCUCCAUGUUAUGGGAUGGACAAUAUAGGUGAUUUAAUCCUACAGUAGAUAAAAAAAAUUUGUAACAAGUGAAAUCAAAACUUUCCUUACAUGUGUACACUGUGAGCAGCGUAGGGUGUCGUGGCUUGAAGAAGACCACCAUCCCUGUCCUAAGGAGUAACCUGUCUGUGGGAUAGUUCAGAAAAUAAUCAGAUGCCAAAGAUAAUGACGUUAAUCGUUGUUACACAAGGAAAGCACCUUUUUUUAACAGUACUGAGAUCUGGAAGGAGAAACUACACAGUGAAAAUCAGAGAGUGAGAAAGAGCUCUUGUGCCCUUUUACAGCAAUGCUAGAGGACAGCAGGCAAUCAUUGCUCCCCAAAGAGGCAGGAGAUUAGUGUGCAUUUAAAACAGCAAACACUGGAGUGCAGUAUUGUUGCGUGAGUGAAAUCCCCAGCCCUUUGCACAGGCGGUGGCCAGUGUCUUACCUCAGGCUCAGGAAACUCACCAGCACACACUGCAAAUAUAUGCUGUUGCCAUUAAAGAUGAACAAGGCAGUUUUUUUCCCCUCAGCCAAAGGAAAGUGGAAUCAGAAAGGGAUCUUGGCUGUUGGAUUCAUGCAAAGGAGUGAGGUCAAUUGUUGGGCACCUCCUUAAGACCUCAGUGUUGGAGUCUGUAGGUGCCACCUCAGCCUUUCUAAUCCUUGCACUGCAAAAAUCAAAAGAGCUUCAAUGGGUUCUGCUUCCCCACCCACCCCCCACCUUUCUGUGUGGCUUGCAGGGGGGUAGUAGAAGGGCUUGUAGCUCCCUUGCUUGACUUUCUAUGCUGUGGAGGGGUGGGAGAGUUCUCUUAUUUUACUUCAAGAUGCUUCACUAGCCUCAACCAUAGAUUGCAACAACAGAAGUCAGGAAAGCUGCCCAUGUGCCUUAAAAACAAGCUUGCAGAGGACAUAGUUCUGUCCCUUCAGAAAAUGGCUGCUGUUACAAGCUUGUGAAAUCUCCAUGAUGGAGAAGAUACCAGAAUCACCUUGGUGGGUGGGAGUUCAGGCAGUGGAAAACCAAACAAGAAGGCAGGGGGUGUGUUUACAGGAACAGCCACCUGACUAGGCAUGAAAGUAAAUACACACUGGAUAUUGCUAGGUAUAGCUGCCUCUGGCAAUACCUAUAUCUUUGUUCCCAUUAUUUCCUUUGUAUGCUAUUUAGAAAAUAUUUAGGUAUGCCUCAUCCUUGGAUGUACAUGGUGAUUUUGUUUAAAGCAGGUUGUGACACUGUUCCUCCACAAAGAAGUAAUUUCCUGCUACCUCUUGUUACCUGUGGCAGCUGCUUAGCAAUUGCAAGGCAAAGCACAGAUAAGCCCAAAGGAAAGCAAAUGAUAAAUGACAUUCUGAACUUGUAAGAACUGAGUGUUGAUGAGCACACUCCAUUUGUACAUUUUAAACUUAAUGAGGUGGUUGGUUGAUACUUGGGAUCACAAAGCCACCUCUCCGUGUGAGGUUCAUUUUCUUUUCCCUUCUUUAAAGAACACAGCUAGUUUCUGUUCCAUUUUUUUAUCAGCUUUGAAGAAAGCCCAUUGGUUGAACGGAGUGAAGGUGCAGACUCCUCCUUGGUUCUGAGUGCAGAAGCAAGCAUUAGUCUUCCCAGUAACUGUGUUUAUUUCCGGGAAGCGUUUAGCUCACACAGAAAGGCCUGCCCUAGUAACUGGAAACAAUAAAACUGAAAUUAUGUUUUACAGAA